GUAAUUAUAAUAAACUCGUUCAUAUUUCACAAAAUCCUUGAUCCUCUUUUUUUCUCACUAUAAAAUGAAGUGUAGCUAAACUUCCAUGUACUUAGGAAACCCUCGAAAAAGCUGUGUGUAUUCUUCGUUCACUCGUUUCAUAUUCUUAUUGCUGCUUUUUCUGGCGAGGUUUUUAGGGUUCCGCCACAAUGGAGUCGGCGUUGUUGCCAGGUAUAGGGACGCAGGUGGUGAUUCCGGUGUGUGCCAUCGUCGGAAUCGUGUUCUCUUUGUUCCAAUGGUACCUUGUGUCGCGCGUCAAAGUCUCGUCGGAACGUGGAGGAGGAGCAAGUUCUCCGACUAACAAUAAUAAUAAAAAUGGAUAUGGAGAUUACUUGAUUGAAGAAGAGGAAGGAAUCAAUGACCAGAACGUUGUGGUGAAGUGUGCCGACAUACAGAAUGCCAUCUCCGAAGGGGCGACAUCUUUCCUUUUUACCGAAUAUCAGUAUGUGGGUAUCUUCAUGAUUGCUUUUGCAAUCCUGAUCUUCCUUUUUCUGGGCUCAGUUGAAAGCUUCAGCACUAAGAGCCAACCAUGUACUUACAACAAGGAGAAGUUGUGCAAGCCAGCCCUUGCUACUGCCAUCUUCAGCACUGUAUCUUUCUUGCUCGGUGCUGUCACUUCUGUUAUCUCUGGUUUCCUAGGGAUGAAAAUUGCAACAUAUGCAAAUGCAAGAACAACUUUGGAAGCAAGAAAAGGUGUUGGGAAAGCUUUUAUUGUUGCAUUCAGGUCUGGUGCAGUUAUGGGUUUUCUCCUUGCUGCCAAUGGUCUCCUGGUUCUUUACAUUGCCAUUAAUCUCUUCAAGCUUUACUAUGGUGAUGACUGGGAGGGUCUUUUUGAGGCAAUUACUGGAUAUGGUCUUGGUGGAUCCUCUAUGGCUCUUUUCGGUAGGGUUGGUGGCGGUAUUUACACCAAAGCUGCUGAUGUUGGUGCUGAUCUUGUCGGUAAGGUUGAAAGGAACAUUCCAGAAGAUGAUCCCAGAAAUCCUGCUGUGAUUGCCGAUAAUGUUGGGGAUAAUGUCGGGGACAUUGCAGGAAUGGGGUCUGAUCUUUUUGGUUCAUAUGCUGAAUCAUCUUGUGCUGCUCUUGUGGUGGCUUCUAUCUCGUCUUUUGGAAUUGAACAUGAUUUUACAUCAAUGUGUUACCCUCUGCUUAUAAGCUCCAUGGGAAUUCUUGUUUGUUUGAUAACCACCCUUUUUGCUACAGACUUUUUUGAAAUUAAGGCUGUGAAGGAAAUUGAACCAGCAUUGAAGAAGCAACUUAUUAUAUCAACUGCUCUUAUGACGGUUGGAAUUGCAAUUGUUACGUGGACUUGCCUUCCAUCUUCCUUCACCAUCUUUAAUUUUGGCGCUCAGAAAGUUGUCAAGAAUUGGGAGCUCUUUUUAUGUGUGGCCGUUGGUCUUUGGGCUGGACUUAUCAUUGGAUUCGUUACUGAGUACUACACUAGCAAUGCUUACAGCCCCGUUCAAGAUGUAGCAGACUCCUGCAGGACUGGAGCUGCGACAAAUGUUAUUUUUGGACUUGCUCUUGGAUACAAAUCUGUCAUCAUUCCUAUCUUUGCCAUUGCAAUAGCUAUUUUUGUCAGUUUUUCUUUUGCUGCAAUGUACGGUAUUGCUGUUGCUGCUCUUGGAAUGUUGAGCACCAUUGCAACUGGAUUGGCGAUUGAUGCAUAUGGUCCUAUUAGUGACAAUGCUGGAGGCAUUGCUGAGAUGGCUGGCAUGAGCCACCGGAUCCGUGAAAGAACUGAUGCACUUGACGCAGCUGGAAAUACCACUGCUGCAAUUGGAAAGGGCUUUGCCAUUGGAUCUGCUGCACUCGUGUCCCUGGCUCUGUUUGGUGCUUUUGUGAGUCGGGCUGCCAUUUCCACAGUUGAUGUCUUGACCCCACAGGUGUUUAUUGGUUUGAUUGUUGGAGCCAUGCUUCCCUACUGGUUCUCUGCCAUGACCAUGAAGAGUGUGGGUAGUGCAGCUUUGAAGAUGGUUGAGGAAGUGCGCAGACAAUUUAACACUAUUCCUGGUCUAAUGGAAGGCCAUGCCAAGCCUGAUUAUGCCACAUGCGUUAAGAUCUCAACUGAUGCAUCUAUCAAGGAAAUGAUUCCACCAGGUGCCCUAGUCAUGCUUACACCCCUCAUAGUUGGUAUUUUCUUUGGAGUGGAGACACUUUCUGGUGUCCUUGCCGGUGCUUUGGUUUCUGGUGUACAGAUAGCAAUAUCUGCAUCAAACACUGGAGGUGCAUGGGACAAUGCCAAGAAGUAUAUUGAGGCUGGUGCUUCAGAGCAUGCAAGGACUCUUGGUCCAAAGGGUUCUGAACCCCACAAGGCUGCUGUUAUUGGUGACACCAUUGGUGACCCCCUGAAGGACACUUCAGGCCCAUCCCUCAACAUUUUAAUCAAGCUGAUGGCAGUUGAGUCACUCGUGUUUGCUCCAUUCUUUGCCACUCAUGGUGGUAUACUUUUCAAGAUCUUUUAGAUUAAGUUGGUUGGAGCUGUAGACUUGUGGCAUCUUUUUCAGUCAGCAUAGCAUGGGAUUUUUGAAUUAGUCUCUAGUCAGAAGUGGAAUUUUGGUGAGCUGAUGAUGAUGAUAAUUGUCACUGGAAGGAGGGUAGAAGAUAAUUGGUCACUGUUGUAGUAAAAUAGUGUUGAAGCUAGUGUAUUAGCUUUCUUCAUAUUUCGUAGACAUCAACUUCCAAUUUUGUCUGUACUAUUAUCAUUAUCCACGUUUUAAGAUGAUGGAACGACAUUUCAACUUUUAAUAUGUUUCAGAAUCAGAUGGUAGGGUAGUCUUUUCAUCA